CGCAGUGCUCAGAAUUUUAAUUAGUGUUACCUAUUAGUUGAUAAUAUUCUUCUGGAAUUUUAUCGAUUUGAAUCUUUUCUAUACAAAUUAUCAGAGGUUUAUCUAUAUAUUUUAUAAUAUAUUAUAUAUUUUUUGUAGCCUCAACCGUCAUCUAAGCAACCACUUACGAUAGCAUUAGAUAAUACAAAAUUGAAAGCUCCACAACUGUUAAUAAAAAAUCAAAAUAUAAAAUAUGAAUCUAAAUAUGAGGACGUGGAAGACGAGAAAUUAGAAACCAAAUUGGAAGAGUUGAAGCAAAAGCUUAAGGAACAUGAAGGAACAAGAAGAACGCCUUUCAGUUUUGCCAACUUAAUCAUUGUCGCUCAAAUGUUUCGUAAACUGCGUAAACCUUAGUAAGUGCGUAUGCACGUGGAUUCGAUUUAUAUUUGAUAUUAAUGAAGGAAAGAUGAAAUUCUCAUAUAAGUUCAGCAAUUUACUCGGCACAGUUUAUCGUAAAGGAGAUUUACUCUUUUCUCCAGAUGGAUCGACAGUUAUUAGCCCUGUGGGCAAUAGAAUUACAAUAUUUGACUUAAAAAACAACAAAUCUAUGACCCUUUCCGUGGAAAGUAGAUUUAAUUAUACAACUAUUGAUAUAUCACCAAAUGGUAGUAUGUUAAUUGCGAUUAACACAGAUGGCGAAGCUCAUAUUAUUAGUUUAAUAAGCAAAGUAAUUUUACAUAAGUAUAGAUUUAAAGGACAUCCUAAGCGUGUAAAGUUUUCUCCAGAUGGAAAGCAUUUUGCAGUUUGUAAAGGAGGUGGUGUUUUUGUUUUUAAUGCACCUGGCUUACAAACGGGGGAUUACAAUCCAUUUAUUAUGGAACGUGCGUUUCACGGAGCUACCGCUGAGACAACAUGUGUUAGUUGGUCCUUUGACUCGAAACUGUUAGCGGUCGGUUCAAAGGAUACCACUGUAAAAAUAUAUAGUUUACAAAAAUGGGCGAACUUUAGGUGGAUUACAUUAGGUGGUCACUCUGAUGUAAUUAUAGCGUGUUUCUUUGAAGCAAAUCAAUAUGAUAUGUAUACUAUUAGCAAAAAUGGUCGGGUUUGUGUCUGGGAAUGUACACUUGAACCAGACGAUUGGAUUGAAUGGGAACCACCUUUAAAAAAAGAAAAAUCUAAAGAUAGUGAUAGCGAAGAUGAUAUUGAUAUAGAAAGAAUUGUAGAGAAAACAGAGAGGCAAAAGGCCCAUGCUGAACGUAAAUUAUUAGGUUCUGAUGAUUUGCCGCAAGAUAAUGAAGAAGAAGUAUCUACAGAAACGGAAAAUAAGGAAAUUAAAAUGUUAGGAUAUAAAAAGCAAGCUACCUUUUAUUUGGCAAACGAAGUUCAAAAACAAACUAAAGAUGCGAAACUUACUGCAGCUGCUUAUCAUCAAAAGACUCAUAUAUUGGUUAUUGGAUUUAAUAAUGGUUCAUUUUAUUUGUAUGAAAUGCCGCAUGCUAAUUUGAUUCAUUCAUUAAGUAUUUCUCGACAGCGUAUUUCGUCGAUUGCAUUAAAUUCUAAUGGAGAUUGGAUAGCUAUAGGAUGCUCCCAUGCUGGUCAACUCUUGGUUUGGGAAUGGCAAAGUGAAACAUAUGCUAUGAAACAGCAAGGGCACAGAACUAACAUGAACUGUUUGGCGUACAGCCCCGACGGUCAAUACAUCGUAACAGGUGGCGAUGAUGGAAAAGUCAAAUUGUGGAAUACACUAACUGGAUUUUGUACGCUCACGUUUCAUGAGCAUACUUCAUCGAUAUCUAGUGUUCUCUUUAGUCACAAUCGUAAAUUCAUCGUGUCUGCCUCGUUAGAUGGAACGGCACGAGCGUACGAUCUAGCGAGGUACAGAAAUUUUCGUACUCUCACUUCGCCACGUCCGGUACAAUUUUCUUGCUUGGCGAUCGACGCGAGCGACGAGUUUCUCGCUGCGGGUGGUCAAGAUUUCUUUGACGUAUACCUGUGGAGUAUGAAACUCGGAACUCUUUUAGAGAUACUAAGUGGUCACGAAGGUCCUAUUGCAAGUUUGGCAUUUAAUCCCAAUCCCGCCAGUACAGAAUUGGUAUCCGCAUCUUGGGAUAAAACGUUAAAAAUAUGGAAUGCUAUUGAAAACGGAUCUGCACACGAGACUAUACAAUUGACAGCUGAUGCACUAUGUGUAAUUUACAAACUAAACGGAGAAGAAGUUGCUGUUGCUACUCUGGACGGACAGAUUACAUUUUUUGAAUGUAAAACGGCAAGACAGACGGGUUUUAUUGAAGGCAGAACAGAUUUAGGUGCUGGUAGGUCUAAAACAGACCUUAUCACGGCGAAAAAAAAUUUGAAGUCCAAAGCUUUCACUACGUUAUGUUACUCGGCUGAUGGUACGUGCAUAUUAGCUGGCGGUCGUUCAAAGAAUGUGUGUAUCUAUAACGUUCAAGAAUCGAUAUUGUUGAAAAAGUAUGAGAUCACUCAGAAUAGAUCUUUGGAUGGUGUGGAUGAUGUUAUAAACAGGAAGUAUAUGAGUGAAUUUGGAAACAGAGCUUUAAUUGAGCACCGCGAAGGCGGAAAUAUAUCAUUACGAUUGCCAGGCGUUAAAAGUGGAGACAUGGCAAGCAGAAGAGUCAAACCGGAAGUGAGAGUGUUUUGUUUACAAUUUUCUCCCACAGGACAAGCAUGGGCUGCAGCGACAACAGAAGGUUUAUUGAUAUAUUCUUUGGAUGUUGGAUUGAUGUUCGAUCCAUUUCAAUUGGAGCUUGGAGUUACUCCAGAUACCGUGAGAGAAACACUUGAAAAACAAGACUACGCAAAAGCAUUAAUGAUGUCAUUGAAGUUAAAUGAGAAGCUAUUAACACAACAAGUUAUAGAGACCAUUCCUUAUAAAGAAAUUGAAUUAAUAAUGACGAGUAUACCAGAUGUUUAUAUCGAAAAGCUUCUGAAAUUUAUAGCAUCCGAAUUGGAAUUAACGAGGCAUAUACAUUUCUAUCUCUUAUGGGUGGAAACAAUCUUAACGAAAUACGGAUCACGGAUCAAUACUGCGCUUCAGAUGCCAGUAUUGUUAAUGUUGCAGAAGAAUAUGCAAAAGAAAUAUGACGAUCUUAGUAAAAUAUGCGAUUAUAAUCAAUACACGAUAAAUUAUAUACUGAAGAUAGGAGACUUAAAAUCUGCAAAAAAUAUAAUGAAACAUUCUGUAAUAAAGAUAGAGGACGAGUCUGAUCUUUCCGUAGAGGAAAUAGAUUAAAUCUUGUUUAAAAAUUAUUAUAAGAUUAAGAUUUUUGUAUAUAUAAUAUUUAUGAAAGUACUGUAUAAAAAAUAAAUACAUACCGAAAGAA